UUCCAAACCUUAAUGAUGAUGAUAAUUUCAGUUUUAGUUGAUAUCAUUUUGACCAUUUCUUCAUCAUACAGUAUCAAAAUUUUCAACUACUCCAUAUUCUCUCUUAUGUAUAAAUAAUUGCCAUUCCAUGAGUUACCUUCCAAAUAGUUCUCUAUGGAACACAGAAAGAAAAUUACCACCAUUUUCAUCACUACCCUCUUGCUUACCGUUCUAGGUUCUUCCAUCUCCGUUCACUCUCGCGAACUAGCCGGCUCACCGUCACCUUCUCCGGAAAAUUUGGGGCUGAUUGCUGGGACUAGAAGGCCUGGAUCUUUACCAGCUUCUUGUGAUUCAAAGUGCAAGCAGUGCGAGCCGUGUAUGCCGGUCGAAGUAUCGGUUCGGGCGGCGGAGUUAGAAGAGAAUGAGUACUACCCUCAAGUGUGGCAAUGCAUGUGCCAAGAGAAUAUAUACCCACCUUAAUUAUUACCAGCAUAUAUGAUUUAACUUGCUUCUAUAUCUAAUUGUGUUACUUGUAUCAUACUUGAAUGAGGCUUUGAUGUUAUGUGAAAUAUGAAAGUUUUAAAAAGUAA